AUGGAAAACAUUACAUCUGUCAGUGACAUUCUUGUGCUGGAACAGCUGGGUCACCCUGAAUCAUCCACGUACGCUGUCUUCUUCACGUUCCUCUUUGUCUACAUCGCACUGAUAAUAACUAACGUUGGCGUUGUUGGUAUCAUUAUUGCUGAAAAGACAUUACACCAACCCAUGUACUUGCUAUUUUGUAACUUGUCAUUCAAUGAUAUCCUUGGCAACACUAUCAUACUACCUCAGCUACUGCUCAACACAGUUAAUCCCGGCAGGUUCAUUUCCUAUAAUUCAUGUGUCGCACAAGUAUUCUUUAGCCACACAUAUGGCUCAGCUUCACACAGCAUUCUAAUUAUCAUGGCCAUCGACAGGUAUGUGGCCAUAUGCAAUCCAUUGAGAUACAGUGCAAUAAUGACCACAAAGGCUGUUGUGACCCUGUCUGUGUCUGCCUGGACUAUUCCUGCUGUAUUUGUGGGUGCCUUAGUCGGCCUAAGUGUCAGAUUGUCUCGUUGUAGGUCACAGCUUCAAAAUUUUUACUGUGAUAAUGCAUCCCUGUUCAAGCUGUCCUGUGAAGAUGUGUCUAUUAAUAACAUCUAUGGACUGUUUUACACAGUGUUGCUGCUGUCCUCAUCAAUGGGUACAAUUGUUGUCACGUACAUUAAAAUCGCGGUGACGUGCUGGACAAAGAAAAGUGCAGAGCUGAACAGUAAAGCCAUUCAAACAUGUGCAAGUCACUUGGUAUUGUAUCUGAUCAUGUUAAUUACUGGAUAUAUUGUCAUCAUCAUGCACCGUUUUCCUGAACGCGUCUUUUUGAGGAAACUCUUUGCUGUUCUUUUUCAUGUUAUACCAGCCAGCUUAAACCCUAUUAUUUAUGGUCUCCAGCUCAAACAACUAAGGCAGAAAAUUUUGCAGGUAUUCGGAGUGAAAAUCAUGCCUUCUUAG